ACGCUACGGAUAGACUUUGCGCAUACAGACGACGGCGGUUAUUAUUGAUCUGCAAUACAAACAUUUGAAAGAGUUUCGUCGCGCUUGAGAGGGUACGAAAGUGAACUGUGACAGGCACUGGAAAGGACUUACAUACAUACAUGUUUUAAGUCAGCGUCGAAAACACAAAUUGUUGUGAUAUACAAGUUUGACGACGGAAAGAAAAUGUAUACUACCACGAGAGUAAAGAAACCAAUUGUCAUUGUGACUGGUAAUAAAAACAAACUAUCCGAAUUUAAGCAAAUGCUUGGAGAUGACUUUCCAUGUGAGGUUGUCAGUCAGGAUGUAGAUUUACCUGAAUAUCAAGGUGAACCCGAGGACAUUGCCCGCAGCAAGUGUGAGCUGGCCGCCCAAACCAUCAAAGGACCAUGUCUCACUGAGGACACCAGUCUGUGUUUCAACGCCCUUGGAGGCAUGCCUGGCCCGUACAUCAAAUGGUUCUUGAAGCCACUUGGACCUGCAGGUCUACACAAGAUGUUGACAGGAUUUGAGGACAAGACUGCAGAAGCUGUAUGCAUAUUUGCCUAUUCCUCUGGUGAACCCAAUUCAGAUAUCCAGCUGUUUGUGGGUAGAACCACAGGAACAAUAGUUGAACCCAGGGGACCAACAAACUUUGGGUGGGACCCUUGUUUUCAGCCUGACGGCUUCGACCAGACAUAUGCUGAGAUAUCGAAGGAUCAGAAAAAUACCAUCUCACACAGGGGCAAGGCAAUGCAGGCCUUCAAAGACUUCAUAAUGAAACAGAGUGGUUCUGGAAACAGAAAAUGAUAAUUCCAGUCUGUUGAUUUACUUAUUCACGAAUUUCUUUACUUUUAUAUUACUCAAAGGUGUUGAUGUAAUUUUGCAAGAAGUUGUUCGAAACUUAUAAUUAACAUAUAUAUAAAUGUUCAUAUCAUAGGACCUUCUUCUUUUUUUUAAAUUAAAUAUUAAAUCAGUUUAAUCCAAUAUGUUGAAAAAAUAUCCAAAGUAAAAUUAAUGUGCAUGUUUAUAAAGCACAUGUAGAUAUAAGUGGAUAAAGCACAUUUUUCGUAAAUUUUGACAAUGUAUUUAAAUGUUUAUACAUAAUACAAACUUUGUAUCAAGCGUUGGACAUGUUAGCGCGGUAAAAUCUUUGUUUCUCUGAAAUUAUUAUGUGCAUUUACAAUUUCAAUCAUUUCACGGCCGUUGAAAUUUAACGAUUGGCAGAUUUGUGAAAAUAAUGCGAAAUAUGUUGAAAAAAACAUAUAAAACCUAAUCACCCUGUAAAAUUAUCCACAAGAAUGUAAAAAUAUCCGGACCUGAGUUCCACCUCGGUAGUUGCAUUGGCUCAUUUAUUAAUGCAUCGCAAAAAAAGAGGUGGCGCUCGUGAAUAACGGCCGUGCAUUUGAAAACAGAAAGCCGAUCCCCGCUUUCCUAUUUAUACAUUCAUUGAAAGUAGACUUAUGUUUGUUUUCUUAUUUGUAUAAAUUAAUUAAAGUAUAUAAAUUGA